AUGUUCUCCGCCAAACCCUCGACACCCUCGACUGGCCUGUCUGUCAAUACGGGCUCCGCGAAUUCUCUGUUUGGCAACGCUCAAUCGACAUCGACAAGCACGCCCGGUACAACAAGCACAUCCGGAGGACUGUUCGGGAAUUUGGGUAGUUCGACUACGCCUAAGCCUGCCGGCGGUUUGUUUGGCGGAAACACACAGCAACAAUCUUCGGGAUCGAAUAUGUUCUCGGGAUUGGGUGGAGGACAACAACAGAGCAGCGCGCCCAGUGGAGGUCUGUUCGGUAGCACCACGGCGACUACAUCGCAGCCUCAGUCUGGUGGGCUGUUUGGAGGGACAUCAGGGGCCGGGAGCAACACCACCCAGACCGGCACCACCGGCGGAGGAUUGUUCGGAAACCUAGGUGGCUCCGCAACACAGACACAGGCCAAGCCUCCUUUCGGUGGAGGUCUUGGGAGCUCGACGACGCAUGGUGGUGGACUCUUUGGAGGCACUGCGACUCAACAACCACAACAGCAACAACAGGCCCAGAAGCCUACGCUUUCCUUGUUCGGAAACCAGGGUGCUACGCAACAACCAAUGCAACAAUCUACUGCAACUGGGACAGUUGUUCCUGGGGUCAAGGUAGACCUCAGCAACCUUCUCCCGACUACCAAAUACGAAAGCUGUGCCGAUGAGAUCCGGAAAGAGCUCGAGCGCUUUGACACAUUCGUCCUAAAUCAGAUUAACAUGUGCAACGAGGUUGGGGAUCUGAUCCCUACCAUCGCCAACCAGGGUUCCACAAUACCGAACGACGUGGAAUUCGUUGAAGGGAAACUCGAAACCAUGCAACGGGCACUCGAGAACGACGCAGCUGAUAUCGACCAUCUUCGCAGCUUGGUAACUCGCGAUGCAGCGGAGGCCCAGGUUGCGUUCCGCGCCAUUGACACCCUCAAAUUGCCUUUGCAGUACCAGUCUACAGGAGGUGCUGGGUGGUGGUCUGUUCCGGACCAAAAGCAGUCGCUCCGGUCUACGCGCAAGAACACACUUGCGCUCCCUGACGACGUUGAGAGCGACCCAGCCACCGCUACCUCUGUCAACGGGGUGCCCGUCAACCUGGUCGACUAUUUCUCGCAGCGUUCCGAUGAAAUGGGCAUUGUCCUCGACCGGUACACGCGACACAUGAAGGAGAUUGAAGACCAUCUUCACGGAGUCGAGGUCACCCUCAACCGCCAGAUCCACGAGUUCGUGGCAUCCCGGAGCCGGGACGAUUCUGCCGUUGGGGCGUCGAGCUCUGCUCUCAACGAUCUCGCGGCGGUACUCGGGGAUGUCGAGACGGGUAUUCUGGGUGUUGCUAGCAGACUGGGGGGAGUCACUGAACAGGUGCAGGAAACCGUGUUGGGCCCGCCCACCGUGGGCGAUGGGAGACUCAACGUAUGA